CCAGCCUCGCUUCGCUGCAAAACAAUCAACAAACGCGCCGAUUUUCCCAAACAUGAUGUGUUGAUUUUUUGGGUUUGAUUCUGGCCUUCGGUCGGCUGCCAAUGGCAUAGUAGGCGCCCGCCCGCCAAUGAGUGCACAGUUUUUUGCCCGUUUGAGUGAAGCCUGGAUUUUCGGGAUUUUCUGAGCUUCAGAGCGACGAUGCCAGCCUACCGCUGUUUCCUCGGGGAGUUCGAGCGGCCCCUCUACUGGGGCAACCUGGCAGCGUUGCUGCUGCUCCACAUCCUGGCCGUCGGCUACUUCCUGUACAAGCUGGCAACGUUCGAUGCGCAACACGACCCGUUCCUGCUGGCAUACGCCGUGCUGGUGGGAAUUUUGGGCGGACUUGGCAUCACUGGCGGUGCGCACCGCUACUGGACGCAUCGCUGCUUCAAGGCCACCACGCCCGUCAAGCUGCUGUUCCUCGUGCUCUACUCCAUCUCUGGGCAGAAUAAUCUGCGCGAUUGGGUGCGCGACCAUCGCGUCCAUCACAAGUUCAGCGAGACUGACGCCGAUCCACACAAUGCGAAUCGGGGCUUUUGGUUCGCGCAUGUGGGCUGGCUGUGCAUGCGCAAGCACCCUCUAGUGGCCCAGAAAGGAAGGACUGUAGACGUGAGCGACAUCACGCAGGAUCCGCUGCUGGCGUUCCACGUGCGGCACUGGGCGUGGUUCAAGUUGGCGUUUUGCUUCGUCAUCCCCACCCUGAUUCCCCCACUUUUUUUCGGCCAGCCCGCCUCCACAACGUUCUGGUUGGUCUGCAUCGUGCGCUACGCCUCCAACCUGAACUUCACAUGGGCGGUGAACAGUUUUGCGCACAUUUGGGGCAACAAGCCCUACAACAGGACGAUCCAGCCGGUGGAGAACCCCUAUGUGUCGCUGGUGGCGCUGGGGGAGGGAUGGCACAACUACCACCACUCUUUUCCCUGGGAUUAUCGGGCGGCCGAGCUGGGGAGGGGAUUGAACCUGACCACGAUGUGUCUGGAUCUGUUGGCGAGGGCGGGGCUUAUCUACGACCUGAAGGCCACGCCCCCCCGCAUGGUGCAGCAGCUGGCCAAGCGCAGGGGCGACGGCUCGGGGCGACCGCCUGCCGCCCUUUUUUGCGAAUAGGAAAUACACUGUUGUGAACGA